AUGACAAUUCUUGUCUCUUCUAGCUUCACUGUUAAUACAGGUGGGAUAUCAAAUAGAACAUCCGUCUGCUAAAAAACGAAUAUUAAUUAUACAUAGGUCAGUGCAAAACAUUGUGAAAUUACUCUUCCCUGUAAAUUGCAGAGGCAAAUACAUCCUGUUUUGCUGAUGGGAAAUUAAAUCUACGGACAUCGCCCGAAAAGGACAACGUGGAAUCUCAUUUCCCUCCUGAAGAUCAAGAUGUCUCCGGCUUUAAAAAAUCCACUCCUUUGCUACCCUCCAGCUGGCAUCGGGUUCCUGGGCCCCUCUCGUUGCGUCCCCCUUGUCCCCAAGCACGUAGCGCAUACAAAGUGCUGGAGGCUCUCAUAGUUCACUUCUCCCACGAUCGAGGGGCACUACGCAAACAUCUGGGCGUCUUUACAGAAACUCCAGAUGGUGCUGACUUUCGAAAAAUCUUUGAAGAUCAUCUGCGCCUUCUUCUCUUUCCAAAUGACCUCCAAAUUCCACCCGGUUUCGUUGUUCUGGGCCAUGAUCACAGGCGCUACCAUUAUUUACUACCGGCAUUCUUCCGUCUUAUUAAGUGGCUGAUUGAAGAGGAGUGGCCGCAUGCUGUUCUCAUACGUUCUUUCGGCAUGGAUAUACCUCCAAUUCUUGGUGCCACUGCUGACUACUUUGCAAACCUCCAUCCGACCGAAAGGAUCCCUGCCAAUAUCCCUCUCACUUAUAGGCCACCGUUCAGGGAAAACCAACUCAGACGCAGCGACGCUGAACCCCUAUUCAGGUACUAUACUUGCGACACUUGUUUGACCAGACCGAGGGAAAUUUAUGAGUCCUGGUCUAAUGAGGAGGGUAUCGUGGGUGUGCAGGAUGAUUUCAACUUCUGGCAUGCUCACCAGUACCUGGAGACGGCCGCCAAGCCACUCUGGUAUGACCCCAAGGACAUACGAGUUCAGCACAUAUUUUUUGAUGACAAUAUCACUUUGGAUGAGGACAAGACAAAUGGCAUAGACCUCAUCUGCUUGGACACUUCUGACAAAACUGAUGGAGGGGUCAGGAGAAAAGAGCAUGCCUUCUGGGAGGGAGUUUACUUUGUUCAGCCCGACCUGCUUGCUGCUAUAAGGGAUCCUCAGUAUUACAUUAAUAAGGUAAAGGACUGUGUGCGGCAGUUCGAUUCCAUCCAGGCUAUGCAAAUUACAAAGAAUGGAUUGUGA